AUGAACUCCAUUGAUCAUUUGAACGAGGGAAUUCCGGAUGUGCCAACUCCUGCAAAUGCUUUGGUAGGCGAAGGCCCCGAAAGGCAAAAUAAUGAAAAUGCAGUAGAAAGAGGCCGAGAGGCAUUUCCGGCUAUUCGAGCUGCAUCACCGGCUAUCAGUUCAAAUGCGGCCGGUAAUGCUCAAUCAUUGGAGAAACUUUUUCAGCGUAUGAAUGUUUUAUCGAAAGAAGGUAAAUGGACAGACUUGGCCUCAGUUAUACGCAAUCACGAAGAAUUAAUGAUCAAACGCUGCGGUGAUUUGGAGCAAUUCAUCCUUACAUGCGAUCCCAUCAAACACUCAGCUGCUGUGAUCUUUGCACUAAACGUGCUUUAUGAUAUUGCCGAGAAGAAAUCUCUUUCAAGUGGACAAGAACGAGUCUUUGAUAUUCUACGAAACUUCUUUAUCUCAAAAACCUAUGGAAGAGAACAGUUGCUAUCAAUUGUUGAUAUCUAUUGUCAGCUUUUCCGAAAGCUUCACGACUAUUGCAUCUCUACGAAAAAAUAUGAAAUUGGUCUCAAUGUUACGAUUCUGGGUAUUGAUGCUAUCACCGACACAGGAAGCGGUCUGCUGACUUCAUUACACAGUCAUCUUUUUGAUCUGGCUUUACAAGCAGACCAACCGGGACAGGCCUGUGGUUAUUUGGAAGACAUAAAAGAUAUUUUAAACGAGAAUAUGAUUUCGCAACAUAUUUCCAGCAACUAUUCGACCAAUUCGCCACACAUUGAAUACAAAUAUGUGCUUUCGUAUUUGUACUAUGGCUCGGAAAUUGCUUACAAAAACAAAGAUGUGAACCGAGCCAUCGUGCUCUUGCAUAACCUAAUUACGUUUCCGGCGACUGAUAUUGUGCCAAUGCUGGUAACUGGACAUAAAAAAUGGUUCCUCUAUCAAAUUCUGGCUGACAAAGAUGUUACUCCACCAGCAGGACGAUCGCCGUGUUUGAAUCGCGUCUGGCGACAAGAGUGUGAACCAUACAUGAAAAUUUAUAAUGCAAUGCAAUCAAAAGAAAAUACACUGGCUGCAGUGAACGCGGUUUUGAAGGAACAUGAAAAGGUUUUUGAGAAGGAUGAAACCACGGAUCUGAUUAACGCUCUACUUGUUGCUCUGACAGAAAGAGCAGUGCUAAAAGUCGCUAAGUGUUUCUCGAAUAUUGGUAUCCAAGACCUUGUUCGCCGAGCUUACUUGAAGUCCGUGGAAGAAGCCAAAGAGCUUUGUGAGAAAUUGAGUCAAGAAGGAAAGCUCACUGCACGAUUUGAGAACGAUGUUGUUCAUCUGCAAAUUCCUGCUCACAAAGUUAGCGAAUCCGCUAUCAAGAAGACGCUUCAACGAGUGGAAGCUGCCAAACAAAAUCUCACUACAGUUCAUUGUAGUGUUCAAUGUCAUCCUAUCUAUUUAUCUCGUACCUUGCGAGUUUCAGGACCUGGAUAUUUGGACGACGAGGGCCUCAGUAUGAGUAUGGCACACUCUCAAGCUUUACAAAAAGAU